ACUUGAGCUACACACAUAAAAGAAAAAGCAAAGAAACUCAUCAAAUUUUGCAACUUUUUCCACAAUUCAACCAUUAGAAGCUUCGAAGUUUUCUGUUUUUUUCCAAUGUCUCACACCUUGCAACUUUCAUUUUCUUCAAGUGCAUUCAAUUCUUUAGUGAAAGUGAAACGGAUGAAAAUGAGGAGAGUUAGAACUCGAUGCCUUCAAGUUCUAUGCUCUUCUGAGCAUUCCACUUCCAAAGAUGAAGAUAAUGCUCAUAAUGAGGGAGGUCAAGUUUCAUCGCGGGUUAUAUUGGUGGAGAGAUAUAGCAAUGGUACUGCUAAGAGAUAUGUUUUAGAUGAUGAUUUGCAGCUGCAAACCUUUCUUGUUGAGGAGGAUAUGUCUGCUUUGCAUUCCCCUGAUGAAAGGCUAUCCUGGCUUCCGGAUAUAAUCAAAGAUUUUAUCCUACCAGCAGGCUUUCCUGGAUCAGUUUCAGAUGAUUACUUGCAAUACAUGUUAUUACAGUUCCCUACCAAUGUGACUGGAUGGAUCUGUCACACCCUAGUCACUUCAAGUCUCCUAAAGGCCGUUGGUGUUGGCUCUUUCUCUGGAACCACAGCAGCUGCUUCUGCUGCAGCCAUCAGGUGGGUCUCAAAAGAUGGCAUUGGAGCUGUUGGACGCUUAUUCAUUGGUGGACGGUUUGGAAAUCUUUUUGAUAAUGAUCCCAAGCAAUGGAGAAUGUAUGCGGACUUCAUUGGCAGUGCUGGAAGCAUUUUUGAUCUAUCAACCCAACUAUAUCCUGCCUAUUUCCUUCCUUUGGCAUCUCUUGGAAAUCUUACAAAGGCUGUAGCAAGAGGAUUAAAAGAUCCUUCUUUUCGUGUGAUUCAAAGCCACUUUGCAAUUUCAGGAAAUCUAGGAGAGGUAGCAGCAAAGGAAGAAGUUUGGGAAGUGGCUGCUCAACUGCUUGGCCUUGCUUUGGGCAUAUCGAUUCUGGAUACACCUGGUCUUGUAAAAUCCUAUGGUGUACUUUCAUUAACAUGGUUGAGUAUGCGAUUUCUGCAUCUUUGGCUACGCUACGAAUCACUUUCAGCUCUCCAGUUUAACACAAUCAAUCUUAAGCGAGCUCGCAUACUGGUAAAAUCACAUGUGUUACACUCUACUGUUCCAGGAUGCAUGGAUUGCAACAGGGAAGAGAAUAUAUUAGCUUGGUCACAGUUCAUGAAGCCAAAAAUGAUUUUUGGCUCGCCCCUGGACAAAAUAGAUGGUGUGGAGAGAUCUCAUUUUAUGGUGGAGGCACUUCUAAAAUUAUAUGCAAAUGAGAAAUACAUUCUUAUGGUGAACCAGCAACCAGAAGAUUUGAAGUUUUAUGUUUCAUUCAAGGUUGGAGCUACAAGUGCCUCAGUAUUGCGUAGUGUGUGGCAGACUUUCUGGCUAAAUGAGAACUGGGAUAGCAAUGGUGAUGUUUGUGAUCAACUUGCUAAUAGCAUAAUGGAAUUGAAAGAUAGGUUUGAGGAUUUUGUUCAAAAGUUGAAAGGUGGGGGAUGGGAUACCGAGCAUUUAAAUUUGAAGGUUCCCAGAGAAAUCUCAAUUGAUGAUAUCAAUCCUCUCUAACAUCUAAAAAAUGAUGGAGGUAAGAAUGUUUCACAUUUUCAUCAUUACAUGACUGUAAGGUCCUUCUUAAGAGUUGAAGCCUAAAAUGUGAUCAACCAAAUUAUACAUUCUGUCAGCAGUGUUGCAAGCAUUCGGAGGAAGAUAUCUAUUUUCACAUGCAAAUAUUCAACUAAUGGAGACUGGCUUAACUCAUUGAAUACCAUAUACUAUAGUUGACACCACAUUCUUAGGAAGUUUCCUAUUGUAAAGGAUCUGUUCUCAAUUUUGUAUAAAAUCUUGUGUUUGCAAUUUUUC